UUGGACGCUCCGUGUUGCUCUUUAAAGAGUUUUAUAUAUUAUUAAAGAUAAAAAGUGUGAUGGCCGUGAAAGCAGCUGCAGGAAAGGACUUGUCUGACAGAAGUGCAGGUUGCUAUGAAAGACAGAAGAAGCAGAUCCGUUCCCUGUCAGUCUGAACUGAGGGAACAGUGCAGCCUGAAUCCACGUUUCCUGGUCUGCAGGAAGUUUUUGGACUUUUAUUUCCUGCAUCGACUCCCUGUCAUCUUGUUUUGAAUUCCCUAGAAGAAAGAAGCAGCUCAGCUCCUGAAGCCUCUUGCAUCUCCAGAUUUCCGUCACAACAGUUUUACAAGAUGUCGGCUGGCAGCAACACAUUCGAAGACGCAAAAGCAGUCGUCAUAUCCGUUCAAGAAAGCGCUACAUACAGACAGAAGUUCGACUUCUACAGCUCCUGGGCAGAGAACUAUGACAACGAUGUGGCUGUUCUUGAAUACCGUGCACCGACCCUCGCAGCAAACAGCAUCUCCAAGCAUUUCAGCGGUGACCGGGAAAAAGCCGUCUUGUUGGAUGUGGCCUGUGGGACAGGACUAGUGGCCAAGCAGUUGAAGAAACAUGGAUUUGGACGAUUUGUGGGUGUUGAUGGAAACGAGGCGAUGCUGGAGUUGGCCAGAGGGAUUGGUUUGUACCAGGAGCUGAAGCAGUCACUGCUGGGCGACGAGCCACUGCCGGUCCACUGGGCGGAUUCAUUUGAUGCGGUUGUGAUCGUUGGAGCGCUGUGUCGUGGUAGCGUCCCCGUGGCUACGGUCAGAGAUCUCUGCAAAGCCACUAAACCAGGUGGCUACGUUUGCAUGACAGUCAGAAGCAACAUUGACAAUCUGGAAUACAAAGGUGCCCUGGACCGCGAGCUGAAGCAGAUGGAAGAAGAGGGGCUGUGGAUUUGUGUGGAAGUGAUUGAGGUGAAAGACUGGGAGAGGUCUGUGUCAGAGAAGGAGGGGCGCUACAUACCCGGUGUUGUGAACCUCUAUAAGAAAAUCUGACACAGUACCCAGCAAAACAUGAGUUCUUAACAGCCAAGUACAAAAUGAAAUUACUCAAAAAAAUACUAAAUACUCCAAUAAUGAAAUAAUGAAUUUCACCAAAAAGAAGUGUUGCAAAUUUCAUACCCAAACCUGAGAAUGUAAAAGUUCAUGAUUAUUAUCCUUUAAACAUAUUUUUCAUCAGGAUUUCCCAUAAUGUAGCUUAUUCCUGCAUCACCAGCUCAAACUCUCUAUGAGAGAGGUGGACAGGACACUAACGAUGUUGUAGCUGGUCUGGUUCAGAAUCGUACUGAGCAAAGUGAUUUUGAAAUGACCCCACGUAUAUCAGAAACGUUAUUAAGAUUGUCCGUCAUGUGUAAUAUACCAGUGAGCUCAAUUAACUAGGUGUUAAACCAAGGCACAGUGUCUGACUCCAGCCUUCAAAUUACCUCCUUUGUCUUAUUACCAUAAUAGGUCUUUGCACGUAGACACUGCGGUUUAAUAAAAAAGAGAAUGGCCAAGAUAAUGUAAUCUACAAACGUGCAGCCAUACAUCUCAGAGAACGAGCAUGUUGCCCCAGAAAGGAGCUUCCAGUAGUUUUGUCUCAGUUGUUAUGCUUAACAAUAUCCAUGUUACCCGAAUGAGCUUGUUGCAGUAAAACUGGUGUUUGCAGAUAUGCAGAGAAGUCUUACUAAUGGAAAUCAAUUGCUUGGACAUGUGUAAUAAAUGAAAAUAUAAUUUAUGU